CAAUCAUGGUGGUCAACAUUUUUUUCCACACCUUUAUCAUUCGCACAAAUCUCCGAGAAAACAACAUUAUAUAAGGACUUAUCUUAAUGUGUGACCGCGUUCCUCUCUGGCUCCUUCCCCACAGCGCGGCACGUCAACACGCAGUUUAACUUGACACUUGCAAUACUGUAAGCCAUGGCUGGAAAGGUUGUGCUGCACUACUUCAAUGGCAGAGGGAAAAUGGAGUCGAUCCGAUGGCUUUUGACUGUUGCAGAAGUUGAGUUUGAUGAGGUCUUUCUGACAACUCGUGAGCAGUAUGAAAAACUCCUUAGUGAUGGAGCGCUCAUGUUUCAACAAGUCCCUUUAGUGGAGAUUGAUGGCAUGAAGCUCAUUCAGACAAAAGCAAUCUUGAAUUACAUCGCAGAGAAGUACAAUCUUCAUGGGAAAGACCUCAAAGACCGGGUCAUGGUCAACAUGUAUUCGGAGGGAGUGAUGGAUCUCAUGGAAAUGAUCAUGAUGUUGCCCUUCAGUAAGGAUAAAAAUGCACAACUGGAGCUCAUUAAAACUAAAGCAAAAAGCCGCUACCUUCCUGUGUUCGACAAGGCACUAUCUGGGCCCAUUUACCUGGUGGGAGGUAAACUAAGCUGUGCAGAUGUGCAGCUGCUUGAAUGCACCCUGAUGUUGGAGGAGAAAUUUCCUGAAAUCCUCGCCGAGUUUGGAAACGUGAAGUCUUUCCAGGGCAGGAUGACCAGGAUUCCUGCCAUCAGCAGGUUCCUGCAGCCAGGCAGUAAGAGGAAGCCGCAGCCAGAUGAAACCUAUGUGAAGACCAUCAUGGAGGUCUUCCAAAUCACGGCGCCUCUCGCUGGGAAAUGAGUAAUUAUGCAGGGCACAGUGUGAACAACGACAUAUGGAAUAUGGAAUUACUUGCUGGUAUAUGUUGAUAAUACUAAUAAACCAUCCAUUUCAAAUUGAAUUAGCUGGAAUCCACGUCAUCAUAUUAUCUUGAGUGAUGUAUGUGAUCUUUACUUAAUAAAUGCAUCAAAGUCAUUUAAUAAA